UUGCCUCUUGGGAAAUACGCUCGCUUUACACACAAAAGUGCUAAUUCUGUUUCUCCACAGCAAGCUUUUGUGGUGUCCCACUGAAAAGCACAGACUCCAGCUUCUUAACCGCUGCCUCGUUUGACGUAUGAUGGUGAUGAGUUGUUGUUUUUUUUCAGGCCUAUAAAACCUGCGUAAAAGGUCAGAAGAAAACUAGCUGUCGAGACACUGUACUCCAUCACAAAGAAAGACUGGACUGAGAUCUUUCUCGCAGCACAUUUCUCACACAAAGGCUGAAUGGGCGCGUAGUGGGGGUGAGUGAAAGACUGAGUGAGCACGGCCCCCUGCACCUUUUCAUUUCUUUUGGAUGAAACAAUAGUCUUUGUCCACAGUGUCCCUCCAUUCUUCUUGCCGGGUUGGGGAGGUGUUUCUCUAUAGUAACAGUGACAAAACAAGGCAGGCCCAAAUGUGCUAGCAGGCUAGAGAAGGACUUGCACACUUGCUGCUCAUCAGUGACAGUUUCUCAGUGUUUUAGUGAGUACUCCAGAAAGAGCGCCAGGGACACGAGGAAGAAAAAAAAACCCACUAAUGUAUGACACCGGACUAAAGAUGUGUGUGUGAAAGAAGUCAGUCCCCUGAGGAAGGGCAUUAGUGCAACCAGGGCAUCGUCUCACACACUUUCAUUCACUCCCCUGGAUACCACAAUGAACCCAGAGACACAGUAUGAGGACUCAGUGUCCAUUAUGAUACUGGAGAACAUUAAAAACAAGCUCCGCCAUGCCUUCAGAACAACAGCCGAGCCGCGAGAGCCUUCUGAAAAUGACGAUGAUCCGAUGAGCGCUGGCAGGAGUUUCCAAGCUAAUGAAGAGCUACGCAGAGCCAAGAUAGACGGAGCAAUUACCUGGUUACGAUCUGAACUGCUGGAGAUGCGCUCGCAGGACCGGCAGCUGGCUCAGACCCUGCUCGGGCUUAACACUGAGAUCCAGAGACUGAGGAGGGAAAGUGGUCCUCUUUUAUUAGACUCCACUCACACAGAGCAGCACUGAGAUCAGCAUGACAAGUGGAAAAAAAUGUCUUCUUCAUAUCUGUUACUUUUGAUAUCUUGGCAUGCGACCCUUACGAAAAUCUACCAUGGUUUACUAUGGUUUUACC